UCCUGUCGCACUCGUGCCUUUCCGUUGUUUUAUGGUUUUAACCUAACACGAUCGAAUCCGCAGACGCAGCAAACAAGUUAAUAACGAGCAGGACGACCGAGCCUCGAUAGAUUGCGCUAUAGACUGUGGUGUUUGACAAGCGAGCCGAUACAAAACCGUCCGUGAAUGGGAAACGCACCGACGGACCAAGACGGACCAUGAAGCGCAAUCGCGUUGGUCUGCGCACCGCGACGAAACGACAGAUCGAAUGCUGAAAUCGAUACCGAAAGCGGAAUACAGUGAAUUAGGAGACGUCAUGAGCUACAGGCCUUUUCAUGGCCAUGGCCAGGGCCAGAGCCAACAAGGCUCACAGCAACCGCUGCCAGUGCCCGGCAUGAAUCCGCCUUCAUCGUAUAUGCCCGGCGGUUACCAGCAGUAUACGAACCCUCAACAGCAGCAGUUCUAUUCUAUGCCUCAACAGCAAGGUCGGCAGCAGCAACAACAACCGUACCUUCAGCAGCAGCAGCAGAUGGCGCAGUUCGGGGGCAUGCAGACGGGUUUUCAGGGAUACGAUACAGCGGGACAAGCGUAUGGCGGACACCGGAUGCAACCAGCUGCCGCGCAAUAUACACCUCCAGCGAAUGUUUGGCAGCAGCAGCAAUCUACGGGGGGACAGAACAUGAUGUAUCAGCAACAAUAUCAACCAUCGCAUCAUCAUCAACAGCAACAGCAACAUCUAUACCAGCAGCACGUCGCGUCGCCUCAACAACACGCUCAACCGAGAAGGCAGUCUGGCCACGUCCCUUCGCCGCAGCAAAGACCUUCUUCGAUACCCCAAAAUCAAGGAUAUCCACUCCCCCAGGCGCAGCAACAACGGUCUCAACACCAACAGUAUUCGCAGCAGCAUACGUCACAGCAACAAUACCAGCAGCAGCACGCGCACUAUCAGCAGCAGCCUCAGGUGACGGCUCCUCAGCCAUCACCGCAACCUGCACCAAAGCAGGUAGCCUCGCCGGCUCGGCCACAGGCUCGACAAAUAAAACAGAACCAACAGCCACGCCAAGACCCAUCCAAACAGCAGCAAGAGACAAUUCGACAGCCUGCGCAGAAACCUACAAUAAUAGAUGUAGAUGAGCCCGCAUCGGAGACAGUUGCACGGCAAGAACCGGAGCAGAUGGUCUAUGUGAAUCUGCAAGACAUCCAAAAACUGCCACUGCUUCCACCAGUAACCAUGGAUCAGACACAAGGCGGUCCUACAUCUCACACAGGGAAGACAACGAACUGGGACGCGCAGUACGAAUCUGGCACUGUCAAGCCUAUGGACAUUAUGCUGAGCAGCCCACAAACUCAGCCUCUUCCGCCUCCUCAGCCAAAAGUGCAGGCAUCUCAUCACCAACCCGCGCAGACACAACCUCAAAUGGCCACUCCCCGGGCAAAACCGAGCCCUCUCUCAUCCGUGGUCAACUCACCAGCGAUUAACGCUCACUCUCCGAGUAUUACCAAGAAAUCACCCGCAAGCACACCAAAAAGUAGGCCCCUAGACACUGUCCAUCUUAUGGUGGCAGUGGCCGAAGAGUGUUUUGAUAAGGCCCGUGGUUCUGUACACGAUGUCGCGAUGUCGCUAAAUGCCACGCGGAUAGACGAGUACCAGAAACUGAUCUCGACAGGCCUGGCGUGUCUAGAGGCGUGUUUGCAAAGUAAUAGACUGUCUCCGCGUCAAGAAGCAAAGAUGCGAUUGAGAUACGCCACUGUAGUAUUAGAAGAGACAGAGAACCCAAUGGAAGCUGAGACGGCCGUCACAAAAGGCAUCUCUCUUUGCGAAAAGAAUGGCUUGGCCGAUCUCAAAUACUGCAUGGAUUAUAUCAGGUUGAAGCUCCUAUUUCAGCGAAAUCACAAGGCUGCUUUGAAUGCAGCUGAUCGACAAAUCGCUGACUGUGAAACCUACAAACAUAUCCAAUGGGUUUAUGCUUUCAGACUGUUGAAGGCUUCAUUUUACAUGGAGCUUGGCCAGACAGCUGACGCCAGUGCACUGGAGAACAUUCGCUCUAUUCAAGUUACAGCUAGUUCCCGUGGCGACGAUGCCCUGAGUGUGUUUGCUUUCAUUCUUGAAGGUCUGGCACUUCUCAAGGCCUCCAAAGAUGGCAACAUCGAAAAAGUCCAAGCUUGUAUUGCUCAAGUAGCGAAGUAUCAGUGUGAACCAACAAUUCAUAUCAUGCAACUCGAUAUACUGACGCUACUUCUGGAUCUUGUCUGCACUAUCAAUCACUCUGGCUUGGAUUUGAUGCUUGAUAAGCUUAAAAUGCUUCAAGAUCGCAUGGAUGCGUGCACCGACUGGCAUAGCGUCAAGUCCGAUUUUCUCAUUCCGGUCCAGAAGCAACCUUCUACUGGCCAUACUGUUAGUAGUGACACAGCAGGCAUCAUUCGAAGCGGUGAGGGUGUUCCAGAGGAUUUUCUAGUCAUGUCAUUCAUGACCAAAGUCGAGUUGAAUUCCCUUAUCUUCACUUUGACAGGUCUCGUGAAUAUGCACAAGUCCAGUGCACAUGGUCGACAGACAGCCGACUUCUUGAAUGAAGGCGUGAAAGCCCUGGAAACUUGGGACAAAGCGACAGCCGGAUUUAGAUAUGGGCCGUCCAUCUCAUUACAAGAUGCCAUUGCGCAGCAUGAGUGGCGGCUGGAAGCUCACUGCUACCUCACCAUCUUACUUGGCCUAUACGCAGCUAGUCACUGUCAAUGGGACCUGGUAAAGCAAUACAUCGUGAAGCUUCAGGACAUUAUGAUACCGUCUACACAGGGCAUCCUGCGUUUGCUGGCUAUUUACCUAUCGGGAGUGUUUGACCAAGGCACAGGGGAACUGGAUGCUGCUAUGAACACUUUCCAAAAGCCUGACUUUGAUCUGAACCAGCGUGGAACUGGUGUCAAAGCCGCACAUCGCGAGUUAGCCAUGCUAGCUGGUCUGAACAGGCUUUGGAUCAUGCAGCAUCCUUCAUACCGAAACGAUCGAGCGACACUCGAUCUGAUCGAGGAGCUAAGGCCGUUGUGCCUAAACCACCACAAUGUCGACCUACGGACCGCCUGGCAUAACGUUAUGGCCGCUAUUAGCACCGACCCACCUCAGCAGCUCAAUCAACAAAAGCAGCACAUACAGUCUGCCAUGGCCGGGUCCAAAUCCACUAAGAAUGUGCUAAGCGCAGCCGUCACACUCGCUAUCAUGCGCAGCCGCUUAUUCGAGAACGUCGUUGGCGAUCAAGCCCUGAAAAGCGCCCUAGCAGCAGCCAAGCAGGCUCAUCGUAGUGGCAAUGUCUUGUGGCAGAGCGUUGCAGACGGUAUGCUUGCUCACUCUUAUGAAGUACAAGGCAAGGAAGAAGAAGCAGCGCAAGAAUGGGCGAGGGCGACAAGGGAAGCCCAAGAGGCAUUUGCAGGAAGUUUCUGAAUGAGAGCAUAACCUGGUUAAGUAGAGCUCACAGGACUGGCGUUUAUGGCAAGGAGUUCUCCCGCAUGGUUUAAAAAGAGAAAUUAUUUCAUGAUUGUAUAUCAGACUCGGGGGUUUAUGGAGAUCUGUACGAUACCUGACCAUACAUGUCUUUGGUCUUCGCUGUUUGUGGGCAGAAAGUGGUAAUUAGAUACGACCCAAAGUCGUGCUUUUGGCCGUGAUAACGGCGUCAAUCAAGGUCCCGGACUCUGUUGAGUCCUGAGCUUAUUAAAGGCAUCUCCAUUCAAGAGAUGCAUUGUGACUUUUGCGAAGAUAGUAGAUCACCGACGGAAUCCAGGUGGCGGUUGGAAGCCUGGAGGGGGCAUAAAACCAGGGGGGGGAGCACCAGCAGCACCGGGGGCGCCUUGAGGAGCAGGGAAUCCGGGCGGGGGAGCAACUGGGAAGCCCUGCGCCGGAGACCCGGAGGGUGGUCUGAAACUGCCUGGGUGGAAAUCGGCUGGGUUGGUGUAUCCAGCCUGUGAUUGUGGGGGUCGCGCAGGCAAACCUGAGGGAGCUGGUGGUAAAGGAACGGAGCCUCUUGGAGGGGCUCCGGGGGGCGGAACUCCGGCAUUGUAUGGCGACGGACCUCGACCGGGAGGUGCAAACCCACCGGGGACGCCCUGUGGAGGUGCACCGACGGGGGGCAUUCUUCCCAUAGCUGAAGGAUCGAAACCUGCUGGAGGCGCAGCUGCAACAGGUGGCGGUUGUAGAAACGCCUGGGGCACAGGCUGUGCUUCUGGGACGAUGUUCCGUUUCUUCGCUUGAGCAGCGAGCUCACGCUCAGCCUCAUCACCAUGUCUCUCUCCCUUUCCGUCCUUCUUGAAAGCAUACUGGACCGAAACCUCCUUACUUAAGAUGUACUGUCCGUGCAAGUUCGCGAUAGCCGCAUCACUGCUCUCGAAGUCGGCAAAGCUGACAAAACCAAAGCCCUUGCUCGCGCCAGACUCCUCCCUUGCGACCUUUGGCAGACUGAGCAGUGGACCGAAGCGACUGAAGG